AUGGAACGUAUACAGAACGGGACACAGGACAAUGUGAACGCAAGACAGGACAAAACCAAGUCACUACGACUCCCCGGGCAGACGGCGAGAGAGCGGGAGAUGGCCGCUAUGGUACAGGAGUACAAUGCCACCUCCAGAGUCAAAUCGCUGAUGGAGAUGCACGGGGAGAAGUCACAGAAGGCUGUGGCAGAGUUACAGGAAACUAAGAUGAAGGGAGGCAAAGGCUUUGACAGGGACAGAGAUAUGAACCUCCGUCAGGUCGACGAUAAGAAGUUCAGAGAACUGACAAGUGCGCCCGGGAAGGGCCUGACGUCGAUGUUUGGUAGUGGAGAGUCCCGGUUUUUGUAG